UAAAUUUAUAAUCGCAGGAAGUGCUCUGCGCAAGUAUCAAGUGGGCUUGAGUGCCACUUUUACUCCACUGAGCUUCCUGGCGCGUGCUCAUCAUCCAUUUUGUGCUUCUAAAAGGGAUUCGUUCAAGAUGGAUGGUGAAGAUAUGGGUUACGGAUACACUGAGGCUCCUGGUAGGAUGCCUUACGAUGUAGAGAACAGCAAUACUCACCGUUCUUUGAUGCCAUUGAGUGACCAGAUGGACAUGGGCGCUGCUAGGCUUGAGCAGACUCUUGAGAUGCUGAACGUGCGUUACCAAUCUUUAUUUUUCGCUGCUGCCUCUUCUAUCGUCGCGAAUGCUAUAAUGACAUUCAUUGGUAGCCUAUCACUCACACAGAUUCCUUCAUUGAUUAUGGCCACGUUUUUGAUUAUUAACGGUAUGAUGAUUAUGAUUCUUGACGUUCCCGGUACACCUCGUUGGGCUGGGAAGCACCGUCGCAAUAUUAGGAAAAACAUGCGUUUUCUCACUAGGCUAACUGGUAAAUCGCUAUGGCUUGCUCUUUUGGGAUCUAUGUCAUUGAUGACUAUUAGGGCCGCUCGUUCUGUUAACGUUUUGCGUGCUUGCUUCAGUACUCUAAGCACCUUUUUCGUAUUUGCUGCUGCUGCUACUGGUAUGCUGAUCGCUAUCAGGAAGAGUUUGCGCCUUGAGCGCGUGAAGAGCAUUAUCAAAGAAAAUUCGAAGGGUGCUUACAUUGACUGCUACCGCAAGUAUGCUUUGGGCGACCCUGAUUAUGGUAUGCAAUUCCAGGAAUUCAACAGGAUGUGCGCUGACCACACUUCUGGCCUUCACCAGUUCGACAUAAUAGAUUUAUACAUUAUUUUUAACGUGUUGGACGAGUUUCAGAAAUCCGCGAUCAAUGAACGUGAGUUUUACGAGUGGAUGGCCGGCUCACUUGUCUUCCUCUAAGCUUACAGUUUUUGUAACUGUGGCUUGGUU